AUGGCGACGCUCUCGGAAGUGAAGUUCCUCAAAAGAAAUUGGUUACAAGGUGGAGAAGCUGACUUGAGUGAGAGUCAAGGUGCUCCAGUGAAUAAGGAAGUACCUAAGAAACAGAAGACAGUACGUCACAGAGAAGAUAUACAUGGAUUACUCACAGCAUCAGCUCUCGCAGGUAAUGCCACGGAGACGUACCUUUUCGGGACGCAGGUGACGACGACACUGCUGGGCUGCAUCCCUGGCACCAUCUUCGUCAGCCAGGUUAUCCUCCCUAUCUUCUACAACCUCAAGAUUGUCUCCCUUAACGAGUACCUGGAGUUGAGAUUCAAGUCGAGAUGUCUGCGGAAGAUGGCCACCUGUUGCCAACUGCUGCUGAUAGCCAUGAGCAUGAGCAUGGGUGUAUAUGUUCCUUCGCUCGCCCUCUCUGCUGUCACAAACCUCACCACCGUCACCUCCAUCCUCAUCAUGGGCAGCAUCUCCACCUUCUACGUUACCAUUGGAGGCGUGAGGGCCGUGGUGUACACUGACGUGCUGCAGACGCUGCUGAUGUUCGUGGGAGUGCUGGUUGUGGUGGUGGUCUGUUGUGUUAACUUGGGCGGAGUUGCUACCGUCUGGCACAUUGCUGACCAUGGCUCACGACUCGAGUUUUUCAAUCUGGACACCAGCCCAUUCGUCCGCCACAGCCUCUGCUCUACGCUUGUUCUGGGCUUCUACCUGAUGAUCGGAGUUGUCGGCUGCAACCAGCCUACUUACCAGAGGUUGGCCUCCGUCAGCACUCUGCACACAGCUCAAUGGUUGUGUAUCUUCACCCUGGUGGGGCUCUGGUGCCUGUGGUCGUUGUUCUUCUUCUCGGGCCUCGUCGCAUACGCCACAUACAGAGACUGUGACCCUCUCACCACCGGCAAGAUAACUAAACCUGACCAGAUCAUUCCGUUUCUGGUGACAGAUAAACUGAAUCACCUUACGGGAAUGGCUGGGAUCUUCGUGUCGGCCGUGUACAGUGGUGUUCUCAGCACACUCUCGACCUUAGGCAACUCUGCGGCGUGUCUCAUCUGGGAAGAUUUCCUCAAACACCGACCAUACUUCAGUCGGCUGAGCAGUGCUGGAGCCAUCAAAGCUGUCAUGAUCAUCUCGGCAGGAACAGGCGUGAUGGCCACCUCCUUGGGACUCAUGGUGGGUGACCUGGGCAACGCCUUCCAUGUCAUCGUCAGCAUCAACUCCGCCAUAUCCGGGCCGCUCUGUGGCAUCUUCCUUACUGGCAUCUGCGCUCCCUGGGUCAAUCACAAGAGCAUCGUGGUGGGCUUCGUCACGUCCAUAUUGUACAGCAUGUGGACAGUUAUUGGGAAAUUUCUGCGGGGAGGAGGAUCGCCCCGCCGUCUGCCACUUUCCACCCAGGGCUGUCCAGGAGCCUUGGCCCUCAACACCACUGUCGAGGACCUGCUCAACACAACCAUGUUAGAUAGUUAUGGACUCUUGAACCCUACGCUGAAUGAUGGGCUGCUGACCAACGCCACAGCAGAACAUGAGAUUGAGUUCAAGACUAUCUACGACGUAUCCUACUGCUACUUGGGGAUGAUAGGAAUUAUCCUGACCGCAGUUGUAGCGAGCCUCGUCUCCUGCUGUACCGAAAGACACCAGAUAAAAUCAAUGAAGCAGGAAACCCGACAAGUCCUAGUCACUGUUAAAGGACCAAUUUCAGAGAAGCUUGAUAUUGGCAUUUGGAGCAUGUUUACUUACACUCGACUUAAGCUCCCAGAGCCCGUCAGCUGCUUCAGAUGUCAGAGAUUUGGACAUCAAAAGGAGAGCUGCAAACUCCCAGGUGGGUCCAUGACACCAGCCAGAGUUGUGGGCCGUAAUGCCGGAGUCGUUGGCCUCAAUGCCAGAGUCGUCGGUCUCAAUGCCAGAGUAGUCGACCUCAAUGCCAGAGUCGCCGGCCUCAAGGCCAGAGUCGGCAGCCUCAACGCCAGAGUCGUCGGCCUCAAUCCCAGACUCGUCGGCCUCAAUAUCAAGGUCGUCGGGCUAAAUGCCAGAGUUGUCACCCUCAAUGCCAGAGUCGUUGACCUCAAUGCCAGAGUCGUUGACCUCAAUGCCAGAGUCUCACCAGAAGCAAAUCCUCAACAGUUUAAAGACCAACUAAUGAAAACAGAACACUGCUUAGAAAACCUUACAAAUCAAGCCCCACAUAUCAUCUUGCUUGGCAACUUCAACCUACGGCACCUCAAAUGGAAGAACUUAUCAAAAACAAUUAUAGGCGAGAGAAUACCGGGAAAUAACCCAAUUGAACAGUUAUUUGCAAAUGACCAACUACAAAUGAGCGACAGAUUUGUAUUAAACCAGCAAAUAGUAGAACCAACUAGUAAAGACCUACGCGUAGCCACUCCUCAGGACCUGCCUCCAGGCACAGUGAACGCAUCAUGCGAGAGAGUGUACAGACGAGUGACUGUUUUCUUAAGGGACGGAGAGACCCGCAGCAGCAUCCACUCUACUUGCUCAGAUGAAGCUACCUUGAAUAUGCUGCCAAUACACCAUCCGCAUCAUCCCAAGUAG